CCAUCUAAAUUGUUUUAAUUUUUCCGAUACUAUCUAGUCGGACAAUUUAACAAUUAAUAGUUUGUUUAUAAUUUAGAUGAUUCUGUAACCAACUUCUCUCCUAGACAGAGAAGGCAAAUUAUAGUAGGCUAAGAAUCUAAGCGAAAGACUGUCAUACAUUCGCCAGAAAUCGGGGAUUCACUUUCUCAUUUGAAAGCUAUCAAAUAGAUUUGUAUUCCAGUCUCUAAAAACUGUUUAAAAUUUAGAUAUGUGGUCCACAUUUCGUAAACCUAUUAGCAAGUUUUGCGGCCCACUGAAGCGUCAUGGGCACGGAUAUUCAGGAGGAUGCCCUGGAGUGAAUUUGCCAUUUGGCUUGGAUAGUCCUAUGCGCUUCACACUGUGCUAUGCAAUUGCGGGAAGUCUCGGUUUUGGAGCUCCAUUUUUAGUGGUUCGUCACCAGAUGCUGCGUAAUGUAACUGAAGAUCACGAUGAAGCUUAAACAAAAAAUUGUAUUAAACGUUGGUUAAUAAAAU